UUCCGCCCUCAGUAAUCAUGGCGCCUCCGAGUCGACGACAGUUGCUGAGGUUCAUCGUGCAGCUCGGAGCUUUUAUUCUGACUCGGUUCGGUUUCUGGAACUGUUUCAGCAUGCUUAUGCUUUUUGCCGAGCGGGCCGAUGUGAAAAGGCAGCCAGAUAUCCAGGUGCCGUACUUGUACUUCGACAUGGCAGCGGCAGUGUUGUGUGCCAGUUUCAUGUCGUUCGGGGUGAAGAGGAGAUGGUUUGCUCUCGGCGCCGCACUCCAGUUGGCUUUGAGCACGUACGCGUCCUACAUCGGUGGACAUGUCCAUUAUGGUGACUGGUUAAAGGUGAGGAUGUACUCAAGGGCCAUGGCUGUUAUCGGAGCUUUUCUAGUGCUGGCCAGUGGAGCAGGAGAAGUGUACAGGCAGAAACCACGCACACGCUCACUACAGUCCACUGGCCAAGUCUUCUUAGGAAUCUACUUAAUCUGUCUGGUUUACUCCCUCCAGCACAGUCAGGAGGACAGAUUGGCAUACCUGCACCACAUCCCCGGUGGUGAGAUCACCGUCCAGCUCCUGGUCAUUCUUUACGGCGUGCUCGCGCUCUCCUUCCUCUCUGGGUACUACGUGCGUUUAGCCUCUCAGAUCUUAGCCGUGCUCCUCCCGCUGAUCAUUCUGUUCAUCGACGGAAAUAUCGGCUACUGGCACCGCACACGUCGCGUCGAGUUCUGGAACCAAAUGAAGCUGAUCGGACACAACGUGGCCAUCUUCGGAGCUGUGCUCAUCCUCGGUACAGAUGGAUAAACGCACAGGAAGUGAACGUCAGCUCCGCGCACGUACUGGACAAUAGCUCCAUCCAAACCACAAACCACAGUUGCUCUAAAUUAUGUGUUAAAUCUCAAAAUAGUGUGGCAACUCUUGUGUUCAAUAUCGGCUACGUCCAAAUCCAGACGAGAUACCGUUUCAGAUGCUGACCUGCAGCGAUGGCUUUGUAUCUGACAUUAUUCAGUAUGCUAAUGCGUGGUUUUGUACAUGGAGUUGGUAUACUACACUGAAGAGAUGGCACACUAUUUUCCCAUACUGUUCUCAGAUCAGAUGUUUAUGUUGCCUGUUUCUCAGGGUUGAAUUGGAAUUCUUCCAUCAUUAUUCUAGAUAUUGACAGGCAAAUUCUUUAUGAAUCCAGUUACAGAACCGAGAUUUCACCACGCUACAUUUUUCCCCUGUGGUCAUUCAUUUUGAGGAAAGUCCAGUUAGAAUCUUAAAUACCUGUUUACAUUUCAUUUCAGCUUUUCUUUUCAUUAUUUAAUGUAAGGACUUAUACAUGUUGUAUUGUUAAAUUAAAGCCUGUUUAAAAGGCUGUAUACUGUUUCUAAUGCUGUAGUGUUUCCAAAAAGGCGAAUAUUUUUUGUCAGCUGUCUUAAGCAAUUCCAAGAUUGCACCAUUACUGGCAGCUCAUAGCACUACAUUCUUUCUUAAUGAAAUAUCAUUGCAUCGUUGUUUGUUAAAGAAUGGACGUUUUCUAUUUGAAGGAUUGUGUGUGGAUUUAUUGUUGACAUCCUAUUUACCCCUCCCCGACUACCCCAAUAUCAUCUUUAUUAACUGCUUUAGGGCGCACGGUGGCUUAGUGGUUCGCACGUUCGCCUGUUCGCCUCGCACCUCCAGGGUUCGGGGUUCAAUUCCCACCGUGACCCUGUGUGUGCGGAGUUUGCAUGUUCUCCCGGGGGGUUUCCUCCCCCAGUCCAAAGACAUGCAUGGUAGGCUGAUGAUAUUCAUGUCCAAAGUGUCCGUAGUGUAUGAAUGGGUGUGUGAGCGUGUAUGUGAUUGUGCCCUGCGAUGGAUUGGCAUCCUGUCCCCUGGCUCCAGGUUUCCCCGUGACCCUGAAGGAAGCAUAAGCGGUAUAGAAGAUGAAUGGAUGGAUUAACUGCUUUAUCAUGAUCAGGGUCACAGUGGAUCAGGAAAAUAUUCCGGGGAAUUCCUAAUGCAGGGCAGGAAUAUACCAUGCAUGGGCCGCCAGUCUGUCACAGGGGACAGUUGAUGUGACAAUGUCACAUACAUUCUAGAGUAGCCAGUCCACCUUACAGGGGACCAUUGGGCUGUGAGGUGACACUCACUGAAAUCCAGAUUCAUCAGACCAGACAAUGUUUUUCCAAUCUUCACAUGUCCAGUUUGGUUAAGCCUGUGCAUGCUGUAGGAUCGGAUUCCUGUUCUUGUCUGACAGGAGUGGAGCCUGAUGUGGUCUCCUGCUGUUGUAGUCCAUCCACCUCAAGGUUCUUGUAUUCUGAGAUGCUUUUCUGUUCAGGAAAGUUGUAAAGAGUGGUGAUUUGAGUCACUGCAGCCUUCCUGUGAGCUCAAACCAGUCUCCUCUUAUUGACGAGGCGUUUCUGCCUGCAGAACUGUCGCUCGGUUUAUUGUUUCUUAACUCAGGCAGAGUUUAUGCGAGAGUUUGUGUGUGAAAAUCCCAGCAGAUCGACGAAUUUAUCAUUUUCUAUUGUUCCGAACAGGUUUUUUUUUACCUAAAGAACGAAUCUUGUGGUAGCAUGCAGGUCGUUCACAGACGUAAUAAUUCCAAAUGAAUACAACGAUAACAAAAAUGUCAUCUUCUAACGCUCCCACUCUUUCCCAGGUUAAUCUUUCACUUUCUAUUGUUAUGUUUGGGCAUUUAUUUCAACUCGGCAGCACCAAUGUCGUCUACGUAGGGGUAGUGGUGGCUUGGUGGUUAAGGCACUGGGUUAUUGAUCGGAAGGUUGGGGGUUCAAGCCCCAGCACUGCCAAGCUGCCACUGUUGGGCCCUUGAGUAAGGCUCUUAACCCUCUCUGCUCCAGGGGGCGCUGUAUCAUACCCUGCACUCUGACCCCAACCUCCUGACAUGCUGGGGUAUGUGAAGAAAACAAUUUCAUUGUACAUAUCUAUAUGUGAUCAAUAAAGACUCGUUAUCAAAAUGUUUAAAUAACUGAGAAAGCAAAAACUUUAUCAAAGACCUCUUCUCCUUGAAAAAAUUAACACCAUGUUCAGCAUAUCUCUCAAGAAAUGUUGGUUGCUGUUAAAGUACUUGACUAUAACUAUAUAUGUGAAUUCACUAGCAAAACACUACAGAAGUAUCUCCCUGUGAGACUAUAGGGAAUGAAGACAUGUUCUGCUGAACCCGUGAAAGACGUUCUGUUCACAUCCAGGACCCUGGUACUAUAAGGCAUUCAGUAGAUUUGCACCAAGGGAGGUUUUGAGACCAUGGACAUGACAGUCUAGCAGAGUCAGCGAUGUGGAUAUAGCACAGAGUUUGCCAUCAGUAGAAGGGCAAGAAAUAAAAGAAAGGGAAGAGCCUGAACAUUCUGAGUGAAUAAAUAUUAGUUUUUUUUUGUUGUUUUUUUCAUAGACCUCCAGUGCAUAUAUCCACUUCAAAUAAACACGUGAUACUUUUUGACUAUAGGACUUUUGUCUUAUAAAUAUGAAGUAUGUAUUCAGAAGCAUAAACAAAACAUCACUCCAUUCAUAAUUCCUUUGAUGACAUUUAAUUCCCCAGUAACGUGUGGAGAGAAGUAGCCCCAUAUCAUGAUGCACCCACCCCAGUGCUUCACUGUAGGUACGGUCUUCCUGGAAUUAUACACGCAACCGUACGUUCUUCCAAAGAUCACAAGCUGAAUAACUGCCAAAGAUUUCUAUUUUUGCAUCAGACUAUUCCUAAAGAGCUCUGAUUUGUCUAGACGUACAUCUCUGUACUUGUUUUUUCAGUGGAGGAGUUUUGCAUGAGGUGUAGGAACGGAGAUGUAGUUCAUUAUCUUUGCUUAUUGUUAUGUCAAGUUAUUAAUAGUGUUAUAUCGACAUAUCAUAUUGUUUUGACUCAAUAUUAACACCCUAAAUGAUAAUCACAAAACAAUAAUACUAAUGUGCAAUAUAAUCCCAAUUCCGAAAAAGUUGGGACAGUAUGGGAAAUGCUAAUAAAACAAAAGGAGUGGUUUGUAAAUGUACUUUGACUUGUAUUUAAACAAAAGAACUUAUAAAGACAAGGUAUUUGAUGUUUGACCUAAUCAACUGCAUAAUUUUUUGAAGGUAAUUGUUUAUUUUGAAAUUUAUCCAUGCAACACGUUCCAAAAAAGUUGGGACAGGGGUGAUUUAAGACUAAUAGUGAUGUGAGGUUGAAAUAAGAAGGUGGUGUGAAACAGGUAUGGCGAUCGUCUAAUCAUGGUAUAUAAGGAGCCUCCAAAAAAGGUCUAGUCCUUCAAGAGCAAGGAUGGGUCGAGGCUCGCCGAUCUGCCAAGAUAUGCAUCAGUGAAUAAUCCAACACUUUGAGAACAACAUUCCCCAAAUAUCUAAUUAAAAGAUUCAAGGAAUCCGGUCAAAUCUCGGUGCGUAAAGGGCGAGGCCGAAAACCACUUCCGAAUGCGCGUGAUCUCCGAUCCUUCAGACGUCACUGUCUUAAAAACCGUCACGAGUCUGUAAUGGAGAUCCUGACAUGGACGAGGGAAUACUUCGAUAAACCUUUGUCAGUCAACACCAUUUGCGUCUGCGUAGUUAAGCAAUUAAUAGUAGUAGUAGUAGUUAAUGCAAAGCAGAAGCCAUACAUCAACACUGUUUAGAAGCGCCGCCGACUUCUCUGAGCUCGGUCUCAUCUGAGAUGGACAGGAGCACAGUGGAAUUGUGUCUUGUGGUCCGAUGAGUCGACGUUUCAAAUAGUUUUUGGACAAAACAUCCAUCGUGUUCUCCGGGCCAAAGAGGAAAAGGACCGUCCAAGCUGGCAUCAGCGUCAGGUCCAAAAGCCAGCGUCUGUCAUGGUAUAUGGGCGUGUCAGUGCACAUGGUAUGGGUAACUUGCACAUCUGUGAGGGCAGCAUUAAUACAGAAAGAUAUGUACACAUUUUGGAGCAACAUAUUCUGCCAUCCAGAUGUCAUAUUUUCCAGGGACACCAUUGCAUUUUCCAGCAGAACAACGCCAAACCACAUUCUGCCCAGAUUACAAGCACAUGGUUGUGUAAACAGAGAGUGCGGGUGCUAGCGUGGCCUGUCUGCAGUCCUGCAGCCAAAAUAAGGCAAUGAAGUCUCUGUACAGUUGUGUAGCAGAAGAAAUGCAUAAUGGAUGAAUGGGGGAAAAUUCCGCUUGCUAAACUUAACCAACUGGUGUCUUCACUCAGCGUCCAAACACUUAAUACGCGUUAUUAAAAGAAAAGGUGAUGUUACACAGUGCUAAACAGUCAACUAUCCCAACUUUGUUGUUGCAGUCAUCAGAUUUGAAAUGAGUGUAUAUUUUCAAAAAUAAAUUAAAUUCACAAAUUAAAACACCAAAUAAUGUGUUCAUAAUGUGUUUUCAAUAAAGUACAGGGUGAAGUGAAUUUUCAAACGACUCUUUUUGUUUGUUUGCAUUUUCCAUACCGUCCCAACUUCUUCGGAAUUGGGGUUGUAUUACCGUUUAUAAUUAUUAUUAUUCCAUAUGCUGUUUCCCAGAUUAUACAAUCAUGAGAAAAAGAAAGUACACCCUCUUUCAAUUCUGUGUUUUUAUUUAUCAGGACCUAAAUAACAAUUGUAACCUC